AUGGUGCCGGCCACGAGAGCCAUGACUACGCCGGACUCGGCGGCUGGGAUGGAUGCAGAAAAGUCGGAGGGAAACAUGAAAGCGGAGCGAAUGGGAUACUAUCUGCGGGUGGAGGGAGGGGGCAACGGCAGACGAGGCGUUGAAGACCUCCGGUCUCUGCUUUCCGAGACUGGGUUAGGCCACGACGGCGAUAGAAACGAGCACAACAAAGCCGCUGGCAAGUACAGUCGACGAUUCUGGCCUCCCGACAGAACAGUUCCCAUGGAAAUGGGGAGUGUCGAGACUCUUGUCCGAUUCGGCCGGAUGGGAUCAAACGGAAACCGGCCAAUGGCUGGCUUGGCUAGCUCCAAAAGAGGAGUGGUGCAGGUUGGUUGGGCAGUUGACAAACGAGGCACACAGCUAAGGGAGUGUAUUCAUAGGCGAAAUCAGAAGACAAAACUGCCGGUAAGCAGAGGCUGGUGGAAGAAAGAAGAAGAAGAAAAAGAAGAAAAAAAAGAAGAAAAAAAAGAAGAAGAAGAUACGAUACGAGCUCUUCUCUACUCCACUCGGCUAAGCAUUGGUGUACAGUGA